AUGGCGUCCAAGAAGAUGGUCCUCGUCGUGGCGGCGCUGCUGCUCGUCGCGCUCGCGCUGGAGGCUGCCCCUCCGGCGGCCGCCAUGGACUGCAAGGCCGGGUGCGCCGAGGUCACAGGCCCACUCGGCAUGAGCACGGAGGAGUGCAUGAAGAAUUGCGCUGCGAUCGCCAAAGAGCAGGGACCCAGGGACCCUAACCUGGAUCAGAAGUUGGACAUCCCAUAA